AUGGGACAGAAACGACCGCAGAAGACAACAACAAGACGACUAAAAGCCCCCAAGUUAGAAACAGUGAAAUCACAUUCACAGAAGGAUAAACAAUGUUCGGCAAUGUUAACAGAAAAAGAAACAGCCGCAUUGUUUCUUGGCGAUUUAACAACCGGCACAACCUCUUUACCUUCAGAAAACCAAAGUGAUACGAAACCCUCCGCCUCUCCAGUGGCUUCUGCUAAACAGACAAUAUCUACUAGAAAAGAUAAAUCAAAAAAGUCUAAAAAGACCAAGACAACCCCUUCUACUUCUUUGAAAAAAGAAAAGCCUGUAGAAGCCGUAGAAACACAAACAAAGAUGUUGAAAACAACAGAUAUGAUAGUUCCGCUUGAGGAAGGUGAAGACGAUCCUUCCGUUUCGGCGGAGGUGCUUCGACAGACGGCAGCGUUUCUCGCCCGCCUCACACCAUCACGAUCGCAGAAGUUUUGGGCUUUACGGCAAGUGGCUCGUGGAGAGAAGAGUCAUCAAUCCAUUGCCAAGGAUAUAGAUAAUAUCUCUGAUGAUGAAGAAGAGGAAGAGGAAGAAGAGGAAGAAGAAGAACUUACAUCUAGUGAUGAUUUGGAUGAUGGGAAGAGUAGCGGAAUGGCAACGGAAGAGGAAGAGGAUAUGGAAUCCGCAAUGAAGAAUGCGAAAGGUAAUAAAAUGAAGCGGAAAAGAGGAGGUGGUUCCUUGUUUAACAGUAAUCCAGAUGUUUGGGAUGAUUGA